ACAGUUAGACCCCCUUAUAGAGGAACGCUGGUCCUCCGCCACCCUCAGAGUCCUCUCCUCCAUGCCCAGCCGCACCAUCGGUCGCAGUCGAGGUGCUAUCAUCUCUCAGUACUGUAACAAGACCAUGAAGUUGAGGAGACGCAGACAGAGCAGACCUUCCAUAAAAGACUUUUCCCGCUCCGCACGACCCAGUAUCCGUGGUUACGGCGUGGAGACGGGAGGCGUGGAGACCGAAGGCGUGGAAGGGGAGGGGCGUAAGCGUGACCACCUGGUCAACAACCUUCAGAACCUCUCUCUGAGUGACCGGGUCAGGAUGCUGCGAGCCAUGCCUCUGUCUGUGGCUGAGAAGAGUGAACUAAGGAGGUUGGCUGAUAGGAAGGGUCUACGCUCCAAACACAGUCAGAUCCCCUGCUGUAGCCAGCUGAAGUAUAACAUCAUCAACGUAAGUCACACAGACAAACACAGUCAGAUCCCCUGCUGUAGCCAGCUGAAGUAUAACAUCAUCAACGUAAGUCACACAGACAAACACAGUCAGAUCCCCUGCUGUAGCCAGCUGAAGUAUAACAUCAUCAACGUAAGUCACACAGACAAACACAGUCAGAUCCCCUGCUGUAGCCAGCUGAAGUAUAACAUCAUCAACGUAAGUCACACAGACAAACACAGUCAGAUCCCCUGCUGUAGCCAGCUGAAGUAUAACAUCAUCAACGUAAGUCACACAGACAAACACAGUCAGAUCCCCUGCUGUAGCCAGCUGAAGUAUAACAUCAUCAACGUAAGUCACACAGACAAACACAGUCAGAUCCCCUGCUGUAGCCAGCUGAAGUAUAACAUCAUCAACGUAAGUCACACAGACAAACACAGUCAGAUCCCCUGCUGUAGCCAGCUGAAGUAUAACAUCAUCAACGUAAGUCACACAGACAAACACAGUCAGAUCCCCUGCUGUAGCCAGCUGAAGUAUAACAUCAUCAACGUAAGUCACACAGACAAACACAGUCAGAUCCCCUGCUGUAGCCAGCUGAAGUAUAACAUCAUCAACGUAAGUCACACAGACAAACACAGUCAGAUCCCCUGCUGUAGCCAGCUGAAGUAUAACAUCAUCAACGUAAGUCACACAGACAAACACAGUCAGAUCCCCUGCUGUAGCCAGCUGAAGUAUAACAUCAUCAACGUAAGUCACACAGACAAACACAGUCAGAUCCCCUGCUGUAGCCAGCUGAAGUAUAACAUCAUCAACGCUCUGAGACAUAGCUGGUACAGCUGUCUGUCCUUCCUCCACUCCCUACAACUGUGGCAGGUGGCGCUGAAGAGGGUGAGCGGUCGUUUCGGCACCGGCGUCCUCUCCUACUUCCUGUUCGUCAAGACCCUCCUCUUCUUCAACAUCUUCCUGUUCCUGGUCACGGUUUUGUUCCUGGCCCUGCCCCAGGCAGUACACCCCCCCAGGUUAACCCAGGGACACGUAGCCUUCUCUGGGCUGGAGCUGCUCACUGGAGGGGGUUAUUUCUCAGACUCAGUGAUGUACUAUGGUUACUAUAGUAACUCUACCCUGUAUAAGAACUGUAGUAUCAGUAGUAGCGGUAUGGACCAGCAGCCCAGUCACUCUCCAUCUAAAAGGACAAUGGAAACAGACUGUGGAGUGAAGCUGUCCUACAACAUGCCCCUGGCGUACUUCUUCACCAUAGGAGGGGCUUUCUUCAUCACCUGCAUCAUCCUCGUCUACAGCAUGUCCAAGUCGUUUGGUCAGAGUUUCCGUAUAGACAAGUCUCAUGGUAUCCUGGCGAUGAAGGUGUUCACUUCCUGGGACUUUAAAGUCAUCAAGAAGACCUCCGUCAAACUCCGCUCUGAAAACAUCUGCACUCAACUCAAGGAGUUGUUGGAGGAGACUAAUCGGAAGCAUGUCCAGAAGACAGUGUGUCAGAGAAUAGGACGUGUGACAGUACAUGGUCUGGCAUGGUUCAUCUGUAUAGGCAGUACUGUGGCCUGUGUUCUAGCUCUGUACUACUUCUCUGAGUACAUGCACAAGGACCUCCAGUACAGAUCUCGUAUUCCCACUAAGGACCCUCUCCUGAAGGAAGCCAGUCUGUUAGCCCUGCCAGUCGUAGUGUCUCUCAUCAACCUCCUGCUCCCUGGCCUCUUCAACGCUACUGCCUGGAUGGAGGAGUACGACUCGCCCAGCGUACACACAUACGUCUCCAUCAGCAGGAACCUGAUGUUGAAAGUGAGCGUGCUCGUAGUGCUGUGCUUCCAUUGGCUGGGCCGGAUCGCUUCUGACCCCAACAGCAUCGGCCUGCAGUGCUGGGAGAGUUUUGUAGGACAGGAGCUGUACCGCUUCCUCCUCAUGGAUUUCAUCUUUACCAUACUGGACACCUUCUUUGGAGAGUUCCUCUGGAGGUUGUUUUCUCAGAGGGUGUUGAAGAGGAAAAGGAAGCCUGUGUUUGACAUCGCCAGGAACGUGUUGGAACUCAUCUACGGACAGACACUGGCCUGGUUGGGGGUGUU